AUGACUAUUACCGUGCUUACUAAAAAAAUAAGCAGUCUACAUAAGCGUGCCAAGUUAAUUGAGGAUGGUGUUUUACUCGAUAGCACGAACUUGGACCUAGGACUUAUUUACCACUUAAAUAAGCGGUUUACUGAUGACAGAAACGAACUCGUUAUGGAAGCAUGUAUAAAAGUGAUGGAGGAAGAGUAUAAUGUCCAGGAUAAAGACACGAAUAGUGCAGACGUAUUUUGUAACGUUAAAGCGUGCAGCAGGGAAAUCAGGGAAGAUGAAGAACGAAGCGACUCGAAGUAG